CCCCUCCUCACAGCCGGGCAUCACGUCACGUGUCAGGACUCCCAAGUUCCUCCGUGUCAGAUCGUCCACGGAGCUCCCAGCAGAGCGCGAGCCGCACGGUCCGUCCUCUCCACGCGCGCAAAUCUCCGCUCCGCAGCCGCGUGGCCAACUCACCUGCGCGCGGAGGGACGGAUGGACGAAGGACACGUCUUCUCUCACCCGGGAUUUGUCCCUCCGGAUUACCGUUUCUUUCAUCCGUGACGCGAAGUGAGGAGAUCUUUGGAGAGAGGGAGGAGGCGCGGGGCUGCGGGUCGGGAAGGCUGGAGGACGCGGACAAGUCGCGGAUCAUGCUUUUGGGAACUUCCGAUUCCGUCUCGAUAAGAGUGGCUCUGCCUGAUGCUCUAUCAUGACUGAUGGCGAGGGGAGAGUGCGCUUCCAGUACGCGGAGUGCCCGGAGGGGCAGGAGGAGGCGCGGGAGGAGGUGAGGCUUGCCAUACCGACGCCCUGCAGGAAGGACGCCGCGGGUCACGGCGGUGACCCUGGAGGAGGCCGCGACGCCGACGACGAGGAGGAGGAAGAGGAGGAGGAGGAGGAGGUGGAGAGGAGGAGCAGGAGGAGGGCCGCCGGCCGGGGAGACGGCGGCGAAUGGUGUCCCCAGGUUGAGGAGCGCGGAGGCCAGGAACCGGAGCCGGAAGCGGGAGCCGGGCCCCGGCCGGGAGUCCGCAUCAGGGCUCCCCUCCGGGAUCCGGACUGCGUGUCGGAGGAGGAGGAGCAGCAGCAGCCGUACCCCGCCCUGGCCCCCGUGGCCUUCUUCUGCCUGAAGCAAACCACCAGGCCCCGCAACUGGUGCCUCCGCCUCGUCUGUAACCCGUGGUUCGAGCACGUGUCCAUGCUGGUCAUCCUGCUCAACUGCGUGACGCUGGGGAUGUUCCAGCCCUGCGAAGACGUCACCUGUCAGGCGGAGUGGUGCCGCAUCCUGCAGGUACUGGAUGAUUGCAUCUUUGCUUUCUUUGCCGUGGAAAUGAUCAUCAAGAUGGUGGCGCUGGGAAUUUUUGGCCCCAAUUGUUACCUCGGCGACAAGUGGAACCAGCUGGACUUCGUCAUUGUCAUGGCCGGGGUGUUGGAGUAUUCUCUGGACGGCCACAACGCCAGUCUGUCAGCCAUCCGGACCGUCCGAGUGCUCCGGCCUCUGCGAGCCAUCAACAGAGUACCGAGCAUGCGCAUCCUGGUGACGCUGCUGCUGGACACCCUGCCCAUGCUGGGAAACGUCCUCCUCCUCUGCUUCUUUGUCUUCUUCAUCUUCGGCAUCGUGGGGGUCCAGCUGUGGGCGGGACUACUGCGCAACCGCUGCUUCCUGGGGGAGGACAUCCGGACAAUGUACAACCUGUCCAUGAGUCCUUACUACCAGCCGGAGGAGGGCGAGGAAAGCCCGUUCAUCUGCUCGGCUCCCCGCGAGAACGGCAUGCUGCGCUGCCGCAGCGUGCCCCCCAGCGCCGAGGGCGGGGCCGACUGCUCGCUGGCCGCGCCUCCGCAGGCCGGGGCGGCCGGCGCCGACGGCUGCGUGAACUGGAACCGGUACUACAACGUGUGUCAGGCCGGGGAACUCAACCCGCACAAGGGGGCCGUCAACUUCGACAACAUCGGCUACGCGUGGAUCGCCAUAUUCCAGGUCAUCACCCUGGAAGGAUGGGUGGAUAUCAUGUACUAUGUCAUGGACGCUCACUCCUUCUACAAUUUUAUAUAUUUUAUACUGCUCAUUAUUGUGGGCUCUUUCUUCAUGAUCAACUUGUGCCUCGUGGUCAUCGCCACCCAGUUCUCCGAGACGAAGCAGCGGGAGAACGCCCUGAUGAGGGAGCAGCGCGCCCGCUACAUGUCCAACGACUCCACGCUCGCCAGCUACAGCGAGCCGGGCUCCUGCUACGAGGAGAUGCUGCGCUACAUCAGCCACCUCUAUCGCAAGCUCACGCGCCGCCUGCAGAGGAUCUACUCCGGGUGGCACAGCAAAAGGCGUAAAAAGGUGAACCCUAACGGCGGCGGCAGUAACGGGGGCAACGGACACAGCAGCAGGGCGUGCGGCGGCUUAGGCCCGGGCAGCGCCUCGUGGUUGAGACCCAUCCACAACCUCCUGCAGCACCAUCAGCACCAGCACUGUCGCCUCAGCAACGGCGGGCAGCACGCCAUCGCCGUGGCCACCGUCGAGCCCGCCGGCGUCGAGGGCCCGGCGGAGGGGCUGGAGAUGAGGUCGCUGCCGGCGCGCAGGGGAAGCGCGCACGGAAACAGCGGCGAGGCGUCCGGCGGCGGCGGCGGCGGCGGCGGCAUGGGGGCGCUGCUGGGCCGCCUGAACGGGGGCAUGAACUACCCCACCAUCCUGCCGUCGUUCGUGUGCAGCUACGGCAGCAAGACGCCGCCGCCCCACUCCAAGCGGUGCGGCCUCGGCCCCGAGCAGCAGACGCCGAGCCGCCCGGCGCCCGAACACACGGAGACGCUGAACAAGCUGUACAAGCUGAUGGGACAACACAGUCGCCAGAGGCUGCUGUACCAGCUGGCGGGCGUGGUGCCCAGCCCUCUGCUCCUGGAGCUGCUCAGCUGCCCUCUGUGUGCCCGCAGCCUGGAGACCUUGGAGCUGGAGCUGGGAGACCUGGAGGGAGGCAGGGGGGAGGCCGACGGGCCGCCAGACUUCCCCCAGGGGGGGGGGGAUCUGCGAGGCGGGCGAGGACGGAGCCGACGGCGGGGGCCCCUCGAGUACAAGAACGGGGCGGUCCGGGCCUGGGGGGCCUUCAGGGAACGGCUGAAGAGGAUCGUGGAAAGCAAGUACUUCAACCGCGGGAUCAUGAUCGCCAUCCUGGUCAACACGCUGAGCAUGGGGAUAGAGUACCACAAGCAGCCCGAGGAGUUGACGGACGUGUUGGAGAUCAGUAACAUCGUCUUCACCAGCAUGUUCGUGCUGGAGAUGGGCUUCAUGCUGCUGGCGUUCGGCCUGUUCGGUUACAUCAGGAACCCGUACAACAUCUUCGACAGCGUCAUUGUGAUCAUCAGCGUGUGGGAGAUAAUCGGCCAAGCGGACGGCGGGUUGUCGGUGCUGCGGACCUUCCGCCUGCUGCGGGUCCUGAAGCUGGUCCGCUUCCUGCCGGCUCUGAGGAGACAGCUGGUGGUGCUGAUGAAGACCAUGGACAACGUGGCCACCUUCUGCAUGCUGCUGAUGCUUUUCAUCUUCACCUUCAGCAUCCUGGGCAUGCACCUCUUCGGCUGUAAGUUCAGUCUCCAGACGGAGAACGGAGACACCAUCCCCGACCGCAAGAACUUUGACUCGCUGCUCUGGGCCAUCGUCACGGUGUUCCAGAUUCUCACGCAGGAGGACUGGAACGUGGUCUUGUACAACGGCAUGGCCUCCACCUCGCCGUGGGCGGCGCUCUACUUUGUUGCUCUCAUGACUUUCGGCAACUACGUGCUCUUCAAUUUACUCGUGGCCAUCUUGGUAGAGGGCUUCCAGGCUGAGGGCGACGCUAAUCGCUCGGAGUCAGACGAUGACAAAAAAUCGGACAACUUUGAGGAGGACGAGAAGGUGGAUCAGCUCAGAGACGGCGAGCUAAAGAUGUACUCUCUGAUGAUGACGGCCAACGGCGUGUCUCCUCCCAUAAUCAUGCGCACGGCAGCCACCCCCAUGCCCACCCCGAAGAGCUCUCUGGGCCCCGAGUCGGUCCUGGAGGAGGGCGUGGCCCCGUACGGGGAGGCGGGGCCGGGGUUUGGCGAUGCGGGAAGCAUCCACGCAGGGUCUCGCCGUGGAAGCUCCGCCUCCAUGGGCCCUUUGGCCUACGACCAGCAUUCCCUGGGCCUCUCCAGUCCCGGCCGGCGCUCCCCUCUCCCUCCCCGCUCGUGGGGGAGCCGUCGCUCCAGCUGGAACAGCCUGGGAAGAGCGCCGAGCCUCAAGAGGCGAGACACCAGCGGGGAGAGGGAGAGCCUGCUGUCCGGCGAGGGGGGCGAGGAGGGAGACGGCCGGGAGGGCGCCGGGGAGGCCGGGGGCAACAACCGGCCGCGGCCGGAGUCCCUGGAGCUGCUGCAGGCGUCCACGCUCUGCCCCUCCGUCCCAGCGGAGCACGGGGACUGUAACGGCAGGACCGCGACCUACGACCCCAACGUGAACUCCGCCGACCCCAAAGACGACUCCUCGCCGGAAGACGACAUGGACGACGACAGUUCCUUCUGGCACUGGAUGAGGAAGGAGCUCGUGAACAUGAAGCCCCGCUGGUGCAGAGAGCACGAAGACUGGACGAUGUAUUUGUUCUCUCCCGAGAGCAAAUGCCGUGGGUGGUGCCAGAGUGUGAUCUCUCAUAAAUUGUUCGACCACGUGGUUCUGGUUUUCAUCUUCCUCAACUGCAUCACCAUCGCUCUGGAAAGACCUGAUAUUCCGCUCCAAAGCAAGGAGCGGGUGUUCCUCAGCGUGUCCAACUACGUGUUCACUGUGAUCUUCCUGGCGGAGAUGGCCGUGAAGGUGGUGGCGCUCGGUUUCUGCUUUGGGAAGCAGACGUACCUCCAGUCCAGCUGGAACGUGCUGGACGGGGUGUUGGUGUUGGUGUCUCUGGUGGACAUCCUGGUCUCUAUGGCCUACACCGGCGGGAACCGGAUCCUGGGCAUCCUCCGAGUGCUGCGCCUGCUACGGACGCUACGCCCGCUGAGGGUGAUCAGCCGAGCUCCGGGACUGAAGCUGGUCGUGGAGACGCUCAUCACCUCCCUCAGACCCAUCGGGAACAUCGUCCUCAUCUGCUGCGCCUUCUUCAUCGUCUUCGGCAUCCUGGGCGUUCAGCUGUUCAAAGGGAAGUUCUACCACUGUGAAGGUCUGGACAUGAAAAACAUCACCAACAAGUCGGACUGCCUGCAGGCCAACUACCGCUGGAUACGCAGGAAGUACAACUUUGACAACCUGAUUCAGGCUCUCAUGUCCCUGUUCGUGCUGUCCUGUAAGGACGGCUGGGUCAACAUCAUGUACGACGGGCUGGACGCGGUGGGAGUGGACCAACAGCCCGUGAGGAACCACAACCCCUGGAUGCUGCUCUACUUCAUCUCCUUCCUGCUCAUCGUCAGCUUCUUCGUCCUCAACAUGUUCGUCGGCGUGGUGGUGGAGAACUUCCACAAGUGCCGGCAGGACCAGGAGGAGGAGGAGGCCCGCCUGCGGGAGGAGAAGAGGCUCAAAAUGAUAGAGAAAAAGCGCAGGAGUAAGGAGAAUGGUGGAGCUGGUCGGUAGUCUAUUUUUCUGAGCACUGCCUGCUUUCAGAGCCUGAAAAAAAAAAAAAAAGAAAAGAAAAAAGAGAAUGACGGAGAGAGAAAACAGGGAACUGUGUUCAGACUCCGCGUAGGGACGUUUGAAGGGGCUGGCUAGCUGACGCACACAGUGGUUGGUCACUGACAGAAGGCGUGGGCUACUCCAGUCUGAUGCAUGUGACUGUAUGAAUGCAGCCCUCCUCCACUCUGCAUGCGAGGCUUAUUGAACCCGGGACGGAACCACAACCAGGACCUCGGUUAUCUGGAAAUGUGACCGCUCAAACUGCAGCAACAUUUGCCCCUAUUUCGAUUCUAAAAUGAUAAAAAAAAAAAAUAGUUUUUGAAGUCCGGACGCAU